AUCAGAAGGUGCUAAUCGACUGAUUGUUCGUUCCUUGUCGAAACUCCCAACUUCUCACUGAAAUCUGAAUCGUCUCUUUCGCUGCGUUGCGUCAUCAGCUCUGAAACUCUGAAACCAAAACCCACCCACCCUCGCGGUCGCCGGCGCUCGAAUGGCCCCCAACGCCGCCGUCCUGGUGCGGCCCCACAUCGCCGGCGUCCACCAUCUGCCCACCGGCCGGCGACUGCCCCGUCUGGCUCCUCCCCAGGCGGUCUCGCCGCCGUUUUCACGGCAGAAGGGAUCUGUAGUGGCUGCGAGUGGACGUGUCUGGGCGAGUGCGAGUGGUUCGUUUGAGAAAGAUCGCAUUGGAGAUGACGAUGUGUUAGCUUCGCCGCAGAUAGUGGAGGAGAGCAAAGUCGAUUUGCUGAAGAUUCUGAAGAGUGCCAACACCAUUAUUCCCCACGUAGUGCUGGGGAGCACAAUUCUUGCUCUGGUGUACCCACCUUCUUUUACAUGGUUCACAACUAGAUAUUAUGCACCAGCAUUGGGAUUCUUGAUGUUUGCAGUGGGUGUAAACUCAAGUGUUAAGGAUUUCAUUGAGGCUAUACAAAGACCAGAUGCUAUAGCUGCUGGCUAUGUUGGACAAUUUAUUAUCAAGCCUUUCUUAGGAUUCCUUUUUGGCACUCUUGCAGUUACAAUUUUCAAUCUUCCUACUGCUUUAGGUGCUGGUAUCAUGUUGGUUUCAUGUGUGAGUGGAGCACAACUAUCAAACUAUGCAACGUUUCUGACAGAUCCACAUAUGGCCCCCCUCAGCAUUGUUAUGACAUCAUUGUCAACAGCUACUGCCGUUUUUGUCACCCCAACUUUAUCCUACUUUCUUAUUGGCAAGAAAUUACCGGUGGAUGUGAAAGGGAUGAUGUCCAGUAUUGUUCAAAUAGUGGUUGCUCCAAUUGCUGCCGGAUUGCUUCUGAAUAGAUAUCUUCCGCGGCUCUGUUCAGCUAUUCAGCCAUUUCUCCCUCCACUAUCGGUAUUUGUGACUGCUUUAUGUGUUGGUUCACCAUUGGCCAUAAAUAUUAAGGCUGUUUUGUCCCCAUUUGGACUAGCCACAGUGCUUCUCCUUUUUGCAUUCCAUACAUCAUCUUUUAUAGCUGGAUAUCAUCUUGCUGGUACUUGGUUUCGCGAGUCAGCAGAUGUAAAGGCACUACAAAGAACAGUAUCUUUUGAGACAGGAAUGCAAAGUAGCCUUCUUGCUCUUGCUUUAGCAAACAGGUUCUUCCCAGACCCACUAGUGGGAGUGCCCCCGGCUAUAUCAGUUGUGCUGAUGUCCCUAAUGGGGUUUGCUCUUGUUAUGGUGUGGUCCAAGAGAACAAAAGAAUAGCUCAUAUUGAACUAUUAAAGUCAGUCAGCUACAGAGCAGUGUUCAGUAUUAACAGUGAUGUACGCUCUUCUAAAAUCACCAUGAAGAACAGCCAAUCACAAAAUUGGAGGUGAGGACGGCAGAUGUUUGAUGGCUAAGAUACAAACUCUUCCAGUGCCAAUAAACCAUGUACACCAUUGCUCUGAAUCCUUCUCGCUUUCUUUCGCCGUGGUACUCUUUUCUUGUUCCUGUUCUGAACUUAACCAAGACCUCAAGUUGUCCAAGUGCAGCUAGGAUUAUAAAGUUGUCCAAGUGCAGCUAGGAUUAUAAGCAUUUAUGUGAAAGGAUCUCUGUAACAUUUAUUCAGUAUAAGGAGAAAAAGUGGAGGAAGAAGUAGGAAACAACAGGUCUUUGAAUUUCCUUAA